GAGGAGGAGGAGGAGGAGGAGGAGGAGGAAGGCACACGAGGCACACAUACGACUCACAGCACCGCCACGACGCCCGACGCACGAGACCCAAAGGCAUACGAAACCUCACGCCGCGGGCCUGCGCGGGCCGCCGGAGCACGGCGCGCCACCAGUGGAAAAACGGAGGCGCCGGCGCACGGCCCGACGCGCGGGCCGGCCUGCGCGCGGAGGUCGGCGCAGCCGACCCCGUUUUCGCCCGUCGCUCGUGUGGCGGAUCACUGCAGGGCACACCGCACACGGCACCGUGCGGCGUCCCAAGGGCACGGUCCUGUGUUCGACGCGCGCCAGGACCGCGCCCGGGAGCAAGCGCGGACUGCCUGA